GAGGGGCGCGGCGGGACGGGGCGGCGGGACCGGGCGGCGGGACCGGGCCCCUCUCAGCGCAGCGGCCGGCUCGGCUGCCGCCCUGGUGUCCACUCCGAGCUGUCGUGUCGCUCAUCGGCCGGGAUGUUGCCUGUGGUCGCCGGGCUCCUGCUCGCUAUAGUGGCGGGCGGACGGGGGGCGGCGGCGGGGGACCCGGAGAGCUCGGCGGGCAGCCGCUUCGUCUGCACCUCGCUGCCGCUGGACGCGGUCGGCGCGGGCUGUCCGCUGCCCCCGGUGCCCAUGCAGGGCGGCGCGCUGCCCCCCGAGGAGGAGCUGAAAGCCACAGUGCUGCAGCUGCGGGAGACCGUCCUGCAGCAGAAGGAGACGAUCGGGAGCCAGCGAGAGGCCAUACGAGAGCUCACCGGCAAGCUGAGCCGGUGCGAGGGCACUGACGGCAAGUCUGGCACGGGGACGUGGAAGAAGGAGCUGGGCAAGGGCAAGGACACUAUGGGUGACCUGCCGCGGGACCCGGCGCAGGUCAUCGACCAGCUGAGCCGCACCAUGCAGACCCUGAAGGACCGGCUGGAGAGCCUGGAGCACCAGCUCCGAGCCAACGUGUCAUAUGCAGCACUGCCUAAUGACCUUCGAGAGAUGCUCCAGCGGAGGCUUGGAGACCUGGAGCGCCAACUCCUGAGCAAAGUGGCUGAGCUUGAGGAUGAAAAGUCUUUGCUCCACAACGAGACAUCAGCCCAUCGCCAGAAGACAGAGACAGCCUUGAAUGCCUUGCUAGAAAGAGUGUCUGAGUUAGAAAAAGGUAGCAGUGCAUUUAAGGCGCCUGAUGAAUUCAAGGUCUCUCUUCCUCUUCGCACCAACUACUUGUAUGGGAAGAUCAAGAAGACCCUGCCUGAGCUGUAUGCUUUUACUGUUUGCCUGUGGCUGAGAUCAAGUGCUUCUCCUGGAAUUGGCACUCCAUUCUCAUAUGCUGUUCCUGGGCAGGCUAAUGAAAUUGUCCUCAUAGAAUGGGGGAAUAAUCCAAUCGAACUGCUAAUUAACGAUAAGGUGGCCCAGCUCCCUCUCUUCAUCAGUGAUGGAAAAUGGCAUCAUAUCUGUAUAACGUGGACAACCAGAGAUGGAAUGUGGGAGGCCUUUCAGGAUGGAGAGAAACUUGGCACUGGGGAGAAUCUUGCUCCUUGGCACCCAAUUAAACCUGGAGGUGUCUUGAUCCUGGGUCAGGAACAGGACACAGUAGGAGGAAGAUUUGAUGCAACUCAAGCCUUCGUUGGAGAGAUGAGCCAGUUCAAUAUAUGGGACAGGGUCUUAAAAGCUGAAGACAUCAUGAAUAUUGCUAACUGCUCUACCAACAUGCCUGGCAACAUCAUACCCUGGGUUGAUAACAAUGUUGAUGUGUUUGGAGGUGCUACUAAAUGGCCUGUGGAGACCUGUGAAGAGCGGCUGCUAGAUUUAUAGCUGCAAUCAUUUCCCAUCCAAGUGCCCCUUUCAGUAGGACAAUCUUCUGUGCAAUCUUGAGGCACAUAUUUUUCUCUCUGCCCUUCCCCAGUCUUAACUCCUCAAAAGAAUGAAAAAAAGUGAGUAAACUGCCUCAGAGCAGGGCUAGCUGCUAGCUUGGGUCAGUGGGCCUGACCAGCAAGGGCUAGCUGCUAGCUUGGGUCAGUGGGCCUGACCAGCAAGGGCUAGCUGCUAGCUUGGGUCAGUGGGCCUGACCAGCAAGGGCUAGCUGCUAGCUUGGGUCAGUGGGCCUGACCAGCAGGGCUAGCUGCUAGCUUGGGUCAGUGGGCCUGACCAGCAAGGGCUAGCUGCUAGCUUGGGUCAGUGGGCCUGACCAGCAAGGGCUAGCUGCUAGCUUGGGUCAGUGGGCCUGACCAGCAAGGGCUAGCUGCUAGCUUGGGUCAGUGGGCCUGACCAGCAGGGCUAGCUGCUAGCUUGGGUCAGUGGGCCUGACCAGCAGGGCUAGCUGCUAGCUUGGGUCCAGUGAGCCUGACCAGCAAAGAAGCAUUUCUUGACCUGAACUGCCCUUGCUUUCUUAUGGCCAGAUCCAAAAAUAUGCUGUGGCCUGCAGCAGUUGGUACAGCAGUUGUGGUAGGGAAGGGAAACAGCUUAACUGUAGUACUCCUUUUGAGAGUGUGCGGUGCUGAGACAGCACCAAGGUGACCAGGCUGAAUGUGACCCCUUCCUUGCAGGCUAGCAUCUGCCCCUUGAAGUGAAGCCAUUCUUUUUUUAGCCCUUUUUAAAGCAGCCAGUCAAUCCUUACACUACAGUGGUCGUGGUGCAGCUUGGGUGGAACAGAACAGCCACUGGUGGGGGGCAAGGCUCUCGCUUUUUAAUUUGCAGACCAGAAAUCCUUAUUUUGUGGUAGGGAGGCAAUGUAUUUGAGGCAGGCUUCUCUAGCUCAGUUUGAAAGGGCAGGGCACAGCACAGCUCCACUGAAACAAAUGCUUCAGGUAAGGUCCUGUCCUAAGCCUGUCUUUCCCUAGCCAGGAUCCCAGCACAGAUGGAUUAAUGAUUGUAUUUGUACUUUCCAUAGGCUGAAUGUACCGAAUUCUUAGUGACCUGGCCUGUAAGCCUUUUCUCCAUCGUUUCUCUUGCUUUAGUCAAUGUUCUUAUUUGAGUUUAAUAUACAAGCUGUGCUUAAAUGAACUUCCCUUUCUCUUUUGCUUUGAAAGGCCUUUCUGUGAGCAAGUGCCAAAGUUCAGUUUCAGCUUGCUGAGAAGCGCUUUCUAUUUUUCCAGCCUGGGUCUUCUGCGCCGUUUUCUCUGUUAUUAUGGUGGUCCUGUGUAACCUGGAGAUGUGCUGUUCUUUCACUUCUUGUUGACUGUCUCUUCUGUAAGCACUGGGCUGACUAUUAGAUAUCUAUAUAUUUUUUUUAAUUCUCAUUUUCUCUCAAUUCUUUGCAACCAACAUUGCUGUUUCCUUGGCAUUGAUGUGACUGCUCGGUCUGUGGCUCGCAGAUAGCAAAUGCACUGUACUGGGGAAGAGUUAAUCCUUUUGUUAUUUAACAGAGAAAAGAUUUCAAUGGGGGGUGGGAGGGGAAGGGAGAGAGGGAGAUUUAUAAAGCUAAAUAUCAUAUUUUAUUUUUCAUAUGUUUGGAUUGUAAGAAUAAUAUGGUGACUGUCCCAUUUGUAGGAUCAAGUUACAUAUUUCCAUUAAUAGGUAGUUUGCUGUUCUUAAAAGGAAAUUCUUAUAAUGAAGUUUUAAUUAAAAUGCACUGUAAAAUGA